GUUCCGUCGCCGAGACACGUGAAGGUCGGAGAGUUGGUGCGGAGUCCGUCUCGGCACGCGUGGUCGCGCUGGGAUGGAUUCCUCCUCGUCUUCGUCGUCGUCGGCGGGCUUGGGCGCGGUGGACCCGCAGCUGCAGCAUUUCAUCGAGGUGGAGACCCAGAAGCAGCGCUUCCAGCAGCUGGUGCACCAGAUGACUGAACUUUGUUGGGAGAAGUGCAUGGACAAGCCUGGGCCAAAGUUGGACAGUAGGGCUGAGGCCUGUUUUGUGAACUGCGUUGAGCGCUUCAUUGAUACAAGCCAGUUCAUCUUGAAUCGACUGGAACAGACCCAGAAAUCCAAGCCAGUCUUCUCCGAAAGCCUUUCUGACUGACCUCAGCGUACCUCUUUGGAAAAGGAAGGUAGUUCAAGACACGAAGAGCAGUUGAUGGGAUGAUUGACAAAACAGCUGUGGGGGGAUUGGUUCCCACCUUUAGUCACUCUUGGGACAUCCUGCCAUCUGAAAAUGAACAAAGACCAAUCAUUUUUGUGUGCGGGGUUUGAAGGUCUUAUGUGUAUUUGGUUGUGUUUUUUUAAUCUAACCGUGUGAAAAUAAUUGACAGAUGAGUGGGAAACUCUAUUAGAUGUGUGUUCCUGUAUAUGGGAGUACACAUUUCUCAAGGUCUCCUUCACUGCUUCCUUUGAUAGUGGGACCACAUAGGUAAAAAUCACUCAUUUGUGUGGAUUCAUUUCAGAUUUCUGGGGAGAUCUUUGUGCCUCUCAGAAGGGCAGCAAUGGGAGAGGAGUCACUGGUACUUCACUGUGGGCCUCCUUGUCUGGUAUCUGACUGUUUAUGCCGGAAAAACAGCUACAGAUUUGGAGACUCCCUCCCUCCCCUAUACAGUGAUUUACUUAACUAUCUAUAUUAAAAUAUGGUCUCAAGGCAGUAUAGGACUCUAACCAGAGAACAGAAUUCUCAUUAGUGAUUGCCACAAGGAAGAAGUUGACUUACCCUGUAUUUUAGGGUACCAAAAACCCAAGAUGUGUCAAAAACUCAACAGCAGUUUCAGGUAGAGGUGCAUGCCUAACGAGUUAAUCAGUGUAGAUUCCAUUUGGUUUAUUCUUUUAAUCACUGAAAUAAAAGCUUCUACAAGAUUCAA